CUAAACAGAAUCAAACCCUAAAUUACCAUAUAAACCAAACAAACAGGGCAUUAAACCAAAACAAACCCAUUCAAUCUGUUUUAGCUAAUGUUGAUUUCAGCCACAACAACAUCGCCGACGAUUCUACUCCGGACGACCGCCGGCGCCGGCGAACAGCGGCAGGCGGCAUCUCUCUGGCAGUGAUAUAUAUAUAUUUAUAUAUAUUAGAUUCAUCCCUCUGAAGCAGCCUGCCUGAAACAUAAACAUGAGGAUACCCCUAACCCUUAAUCCUCCUAAACCUCCCAUAUCCACACUCGCCGCCUUCCUCCGUCGUCUCUCCGCCGACGCCUCUUCUUUACCGUCGCCGCCGGAUACGUCCGCCCAGAUAUCUCACGUGUCAUCACUCCUCCAGACCGCCGAUCCUAAUUCUUGGUCAGACGAUCCCAAUCUCCGAACCCUAAUUUCCUCCCUCUCAGCGCCGUCGGUCCUCAGAGUCGCUCGCCGUCUUCCGAACUAUCAAAAUGCUCUGCAGUUCUACCACUACCUCAAAGCCAUCUCCGAACCGUCCGAUUCCCUUUCCCUGGCAUUUCAAGCCGUGCUCGAAUUGGCUAUGCGUGAGAAUCCGGACUCCGCAGGUAAACUCAAAGAGCUUUUCCUGCUGUCUAAAGACCAAAAUAUUCCAAUCUCGGUGAAUUCUGCAACUCUCCUAGUGAAGUGUUUCGGCGAGGCCCAAAUGCUGGAUGAAAUGGUAAUGGUGAUUGAUUCCAUUGAUCGAGAAAUUGUUAAUGCAGAUUUGUUCAAUUUAGUUAUCGCUGGGUAUAUGAAAUGGGGACGUAUUGAUGAUGCCUUGAAGGUGCUUGAAAAUAUGCUUAUGGAGGAUUCUAGUUAUCCCCCAAACAGUAAUACAGCUAGUAUUGUUCUUAACUCCAUUUUGAAGAGAAAUUCUAGUGGUCGGAAGGUUAGGGAUGACGAGAUUUAUACUUUAUUUUCGAAGUUUCGUGAGCAUGGAGUUUCAAUUAAUGGAUAUUUUGUUACAGAGAUAGUCAUAAGAUUUUGUUCAAGUGGUGAAUUAGACAAAGCUUGGAGUGUUUUUCGCGAGGCGAUGAAUUCGGGUUAUGAUGUUAGCAUUACGGCAUACAAUAACUUAUUGACGUUCUUGUCGAGGAAGAAUGAUUUUGGGAGGAUGAAUUUGCUUAUGAAGGAGAUGAAGGAAAAGGGGAUCAAACCAGAUGUUGUAACUUGUGGCAUUGUGGUUAAGCAUUUGUGUCGAUCAAGGAGAGUGGAUGAGGCAAUGGAGUUUCUUGAAAAGAUGACGGAUGAAGAAAUUGGCGUAACACCGGAUACCAUAAUGUACAACACGAUAAUUGACGGGCUUUGUAAAGUGGGGAGAUGGGAAGAGGGUUUGAAGGUAAUGGAAAAGAUGAGUCGGGAGAGCAAAUGCAGCGCAAACACGGUUACUUACAAUUGUAUGAUUGAUGGAGUUUGUAAAGCCGGUGAGAUCGAGAAGGGACUCGAGCUUUUUGAGGAGAUGCGUAAACAUGGUGUCGAGGUUAAUGCGAUCACAUUAAACACGUUGCUGGAUGGAAUGUGCAAGAACGGGAGGGUCGGAAGUGCGAUGGAAUUGUUUGAUCAAAUACGGGAAAAGGGUUUAAAAGCGAAUGCUCGUACUUACACGAUCUUGAUCACUGCUUUCUGCAAUGUCAACAAUAUCGACAAGGCGAUGAAACUGUUCGAUGAAGUUCAAACAAACGGCCUUACUCCAGACGCCGUUGUUUUCUAUACGUUGAUCGGGGGACUCACUCGGGCUGGAAAAAUGGACGACGCUGUCGAAAUUGUGUCGAAGAUGAAAGAGGGUGGGUUCAAUUUAGAUAUAAUCGCGUACAAUAAUCUGAUCGGUGGAUUUUGCAGGAAGAACAGAUUGGAUAAAGCUUCCGAGAUGCUCGAGAGUAUGGAGAAAGACGGAUUAAACCCCGAUCGAGUUACCUACAACACUUUGAUUUCUUAUUUCUGUGCAAAAGGGGAUUUCGAUCACGCCCAUAAAGUUAUGAAGAAGAUGAUCGACGACGGGUUAACGCCUGAUGCCGUAACUUACGGAGCAUUAAUACACGGCUACUGCUCGAACGGUAAUCUUGAUAAGGCCAAGAAGCUAUUUACAGACAUGGGCUCGUCAUCUAAGGUUCCGCCAAACACUGUAAUAUAUAACAUGUUGAUCGACGCCUUUUGCAAGAAAGGCGACGUAGAUGUCGCUCUUUCCCUUAUGGAUGAUAUGAAAGGCCGAGGAGUGUGUCCGAACAGCACUACGUACAAUGCUCUGUUUAAGGGCCUUCGCGAAAAACAAUGGCUUGAAAAGGCCUUCGAGUAUAUGGAUAGAAUGACUGAGGAAGAAUGCAGCCCCGAUUAUAUUACAAUGGAAAUUCUUACCGAGUGGCUGCCUGAAGUUGGCGAGAUUGAAAAAUUUCGAAAAUUCGCUCAAGGCGAUCGGAUAUGACUAUGUUUCAGAAGAUUAUGGACCUUCUUAUGGAGCAUUCUUGUGAAAUUUCGAUCGAUUUUGUUUCUGGACAGAAAUCGAGGAGCAGAGUUGUACAUCAUUCAGGAUGCCAUUUUUUAAUGGAGGCUUUGUGCAUUUGUUCCAUUGGAUCAUCCACUUGGUUUUUGCAAGAGAUUUUGAACACCAAAAGUUAAGAGGUAAAUGCAUUUCAUGUCUUGAAAUUUAUCUAAAACAAGUAGACACAUGUUUUUAUUUAUUACAGUUGUUGUCCGGUC